AUGUACAGCAAUGGUGAUAACGUGCAUCUGGACUUUUACAACAAUGUUGUCUACUGUCCACAGAAAGAUUUCGAAAUUGCAGUCCCGCCAAGUACAAAUAUUUCGAACAAUAUUUGGGUGGGAACUGCAAACUCAACUCUACCGAAAGGGGACGGGAUUGAAUGGAACGCGAACUUGUUCCAGAUAGUCCCAAAGCCAGCUGAAACUGCCGGUAGCACGGGUGAUCCUUUGUUUUUGAGUCCCGGUAUGGGUCAGAAUACUCUCGAGUCGGCAGAUGGGUAUAGGCUCCGGCAUGGGAGUCCUGCAUUGGGCCUAGGCGUUUUAAUAAGCGAUAACGGUGGUCGAGACUUUUGGAAUAACAAGGUAUCGCAAUCGAAGCGACCAAAUACCGGUGCCUAUAAUGGUAAGGAGAUGUAG